GGCGAGGAGUGGAGGAACACGCCCGGUGGCUGCUGGGUGGUAGGGAGACCUUCCUAGGGUCCCUUUUCCUUCUUGGGUUGCUAUGGAGUUCCCAGAACACAGCCAGCAGCUGCUGCAGAGCCUCCGAGAGCAGCGGUCCCAGGGUUUUCUUUGUGACUGCACCGUGAUGGUGGGUAGCACUCAGUUCUUGGCUCAUCGGGCAGUGCUGGCCUCCUGCAGCCCAUUUUUCCAGCUUUUCUACAAAGAGCGGGAACUGGACAAGAGGGAUCUGGUGUGUAUCCACAACGAGAUUGUCACAGCCCCAGCCUUUGGGCUGCUUCUGGACUUUAUGUAUGCUGGCCAGCUGGUCCUGAGGGGAGAUACCCCUGUGGAGGAUGUGCUGGCAGCUGCCAGCUACUUGCACAUGAAUGAUAUCGUCAAGGUGUGUAAGCGGCGGCUGCAAGCCCGGGCCCUGGCAGAGGCAGACAGUACCAAGAAGGAGGAGGAAACCAACUCACAGCCUUCUAAUUUGGAGUUCUUAUCCAGCACUUCCCGUGGUCCCCAGCCUUCGUUGGCAUCUGCUGAGACAUCAGGCCACUGGAGCAAAGGGGAGUGGAAAGGCUCAACUGCUCCUUCACCUACUCUCUGCCCUCCAGAUGAGUCACCGAUGCCAGCUGGGGCUGACACUACACAGCCUGGUGUGGAAGUGGACUCCCCGCAUCUGCGGGCACCUCCUCCUCCAGUGGUUGACAUCUCUCUUGCCAGCCCCAGCAGCUCCACAGAGACCAACCCUGCAAACUACUUCUCUUCCAGCCUCCCAACAGUUUCAGUAGAGCCACUGGCUCCCCUUGAUGUGGGUUCGGAGAGUCUGAGGGUGGUGGAACCAAGGGGUACUGGAGGACCAUUGCAAGGCUUUUAUCCCCCAGCUUCAGCUGCAGCCCCAGUCCCAGCCCCAGUGGAAGCUGAGCUGGUCCAGGUGAAAGUCGAAGCUAUUGUGAUUUCUGAUGAGGAGGCUGAUGUGUCAGAGGAACAGCCUCGGGGUCCUGAGGGACUGCUCCCACCUGGAGGAGCAAUGUAUGGUGGACAGCCCCCCCAGCCAGAGGCUUUUGAGGAGCCACGGGUGGCAGGACUGGAGGAAGUGGGGCCAAGUGACCACUUCCUGUCACCAGAUCCUCACCUACCCUACCAUUUGCUGCCAGGUCCAGGGCAGUAUCAUCGAGGACUGGUGACCUCACCCCUGCCUGCGCCAUCUGCCCUGCAUGAGCCACUCUACCUGCCUUCUGAGUAUGAAGCAGCCCCAGGAAGCUUUGGGGGUUAUACUGAGGAUGUCCCCACUUGUAAGACAUGCGGGAAGACCUUCUCCUGCUCUUACACGCUACGGCGCCAUGCCACCGUGCACACCCGGGAGCGACCCUACGAGUGCCGCUACUGCCUGCGCAGCUACACGCAGUCAGGGGACCUGUACCGCCACAUCCGCAAGGCUCACAAUGAGGACCUGGCCAAACGCAGCAAACCGGAUCCAGAGGCUGGCCCCCUUCUAGGAGGGCAGCCCCUCCCUGGCUCCCCACAGGCAGCAGAUAAACAGAACAGCAGUGGUGGUGGAGGGCCACCCAAGGAUUUUGUGCUUGGCCCCAAAAACUGACAUCUGGGCACACAUGCGCUGAUGCUAGGCCUGCGCUUGCUACUGUUGGAGGGCGCAGCACCGAAGGUUGAAAGCAUCUCAUUUUCCCUGCUGGGGACCGAAUGAAGAUUCUGCUCUGGCUGAAGCUUCCUACCCUUUCCUUUUCCCGACCAGAUUGCAGGACUUCAUGGGGCAUGGCAUCUCAGUCAGUCCUUCGGCAAGGGCACUGGGAAUUUUCCUGAGGUGUAAUUGCUCCUCACUCUGCAUUCCGGGCCAUAAAGCUAGCGGUGAAACUGUCUCUUUAAAUGAGUGUUGGCUGGUUUCUCCCACAAACCUGCAUGCCUCCUGAUGUUUUAUACCACCCCUCCAGAUCUUUUAGGAAUCUGACGUCUGUAUUUGAGGCAGAGACAGGUCAGGCUUG